AUGUCAUCCAUUAGCAUUUUUGGUCUUGGGGCCAUGGGAACAGCUCUGGCCUCUCGGUUCCUCGAAGAGAAGUACAAAGUCACCAUAUGGAAUCGAUCGCUAGAAAAAGCAAGUCCUUUGCUCAAAAAGGGCGCAACACUUUCCCAUACAGCAGUGGAUGGCAUCCACGCAAGCAACCUGAUCAUCAUCUACCUCCUCAAUAACGCCGCCGUGCAAGCAAGCCUCGACAGCACUCUUAACCAACUCCAAGGCAAGACAAUCAUCAACCUCACAAACAGAACCCCUGAACAAGCUCAGACACUGUCAGAUCUGAUCAUGAAUCACAGUGCUCAAUACAUCCACGGCAGAAUCAUGGCCACCCCCUCCAUGAUCAGUUCACCUCAUGCCCUCAUUCUGUACAGCAGCUCAUCUGGCGCAUUCAAGGCCUCCAAGGCCGAUCUUUCAGUGCUAGCCAAGUGCUUAUUCCUCGGUGAUGGUGCGGGCUCUGCAUCGCUGCAUGACCUGGCUCUGCUCAGUGGCAUGUAUGGUCUAUUCUCGGGCUUCCUGCAUGCAACUGCGCUCGUGAGGUCGAGCACGCCUGCAGUCAAGUUCGUGGACCUCCUGGUUCCCUGGCUGGGAGCAAUGACCGAAUACACUAAAGGGAUGGCAAAGCAGAUUGAUGAUGGGAAGUAUGCCAGCGAAGGAUCGAAUCUCAGCAUGCAAUUGGCUGCUAUUCAGAAUAUUAUCGACGCCAGUGCGGCCCAGCAAGUCUCUGCUAAUUUUAUUCGUCCGAUGAAGGAAUUCAUGCAGAAGGCAGUAGCGGCUGGUCGUGGUGGUGAUAAUAUUUCUUCUUUGAUUGAUUUUGUGAAGCCAACAUGA